AUGGCGCCCCCAAACACGCCCUUUAUAUACCGUCUCUGGCACCUUUAUCUCGAACCCUUCUUCGCCCUCGGCGGCGUCUACCACCUCCACUGGGCACCAGCGCAGUACUUCACCUUCAUGCCGUCGACGUCGGCCUACCACCCCGAUUCACAAAUCGCCUACGACCAACUCGCAUCGGCAUACCUCUUCUUUGCUUUCACAGAGGGCGUUUUCCUACCGUAUACUGUCGAUUUCCACGAGUCCAAGUCCAACUCCAACUCCAACGCCCCAAGCCCACCACAACCAGCUCCCCCAAAGCUGAACGAGACCGCCCGCGAGCCCUCCUCCACUAGUGCAGGCAGUGCACGACCAGCUACCAAAAAUGCAGAUGAUGAGCAGCCCCAGAGCCUCCUUAAGCGCGCGCCGCCGACGCAUAUCCAACUGCCCAAGACGCCUAUGAGAAUGACCGAGCAUGAAGACUUCUUCACCCCUGGCCUGCCCAGUGCAGCCACGCACUUUCCCAAGCCAGCAGACCCCCGGGGCCUGGUACGUAGCGAUGCCCAUGUCCCUGAAUGGGGUACCACCGGCCGGUUCUUCAACCAGCCCAUGUCGAGGGCCGAGCCAGCACCACCCGACACGAUUCUGGAAUACGCCAAGGCACAGGAGCGGGCGCAAGCCCAGAAGGAGCGCAUGAAGGGCUCUCAUGCCGGCAAGCCUACAACAGACCCGCGAUGGGCCACCGAGUACACCGUUGUGCCUGCUGUCCAGGGCAACGGCGGGCUUACCAACGCUCUACGCUGUGCAGUUGACAACAAGUGCAUUAGCGACACUAUAAGCGUGGGCUUGAUUGGCUUCCCUACCGACAGCUUGAACGAGGAGAAGAAGACGGAGAUUUACGAGAAACUUGAGGAAGAGCAUGACGCUCUCACCGUCUUCGUCAGCGACAAGGACUUUGACGGCCACUACGCCCACUACUGCAAGACCAUCCUAUGGCCAGUCUUCCACUACAUUAUCCCCGAUCACCCCAAGAGCAAGGCCUUCCUUGAUCACUCAUGGGUAUUCUAUGUCAAGGUCAACCAGGCCUUUGCGGAUAAGGUUGUCAAAAACUACAAGCGCGGGGAUGUCAUCUGGAUUCACGACUACCACCUGUGUCUUGUUCCUCAAAUGAUCCGCCAGAAGCUCCCAGAUGCACAGAUUGGCUUCUUCCUCCACACUGCCUUCCCAUCGUCCGAGGUAUUCCGCUGCUUAGCUGCGCGCAAGGAGCUGCUUGACGGCAUGCUCGGAGCGAACCUAGUCGCAUUUCAGACACCGGAGUAUGCCCACCAUUUCCUGCAGACAUGCAGCAGGAUUCUCUCAGUCGAGGCUACCGAAGACGGAGUCCAGCUAGAAAACCGUUUUGUCAACGUACACUCAUCGCCCAUUGGUAUUGACCCUCGCGCUCUCGCCCUGGCACGUGAAGAACCCGAAGUUCUAGAGUGGAUCACGACCAUGCAGAAGCGAUACGAGGGCAAAAAGGUUAUUGUCGCUCGUGACAAGCUCGACAACAUUCGUGGUGUCCGACAGAAGCUGUUGGCCUUCGAGCUGUUUUUGAACAAGAACCCAGAGUGGAGGGACAAGGUUGUCAUGAUCCAAGUCGCCACAUCCACCACCGAGGACACCGAGCUCGCUGCAACCGUUUCCGAGAUUGUCACUCGUAUCGAUGCAGUUCACUCGACCUUGACUCACAACCCUCUCAUCUUCCUAAGGCAAGACAUUGCUUUCUCGCAGUAUCUCGCGCUUCUCUCCAUCGCCGACGCACUCGCAAUCACAAGUCUUCGCGAAGGCAUGAACCUCACUUGCCACGAGUUUGUCAUCUGCCAGGACGGCCGUGCGAGCGAAAAGAAGCACAGUCCUGUCAUUCUCAGUGAGUUUACCGGAAGUGCCUCGGUCUUUGAAGGAGCCGAUCUAGCCGUAAAUCCAUGGGACUACAACAGCAUCGCAGAAGCAUUCCGGGUCGCUUUGGAGAUGACCGACUCUGAGAAGGAACGGAGAUAUACCAAGUUGCGCGACACGGUUAUGCACCAAACCGGCGAUUUCUGGGUCAAAAACCUGAGUACCUAUCUAGCCAAGGUCCACGACGAACAGUUCAAGCGCGAUACCAUGUCCAUUCCCGUCUUUCUUCCAGCAACCUUGCCCGUACCUACCAGGAAUCUCAACGACGACUCUUUCACUGAGCGUGUCAUCGUCGUUCUCAACGACCUUGUUUCUGAUGAGAAGAACGUUGUCUACGUUAUGACUGGUCGGACUGUUCGAGAGACCGAGCUCAUCUUUAACCGCGUACGAGGUCUCGGUCUCAUCGCGGAGAAUGGUUGCUUCUUACGCGAGCCCACCGCGAGUGAAUGGAUUCAAUUCCCCGAAGAAGAGAAGACUGUGAAGUGGAAAGACUCAGUCAAGCCUAUCUUGCAGUACUAUCUCGAGCGUGUGGAAGGUAGUUGGGUUGAGGAGCGCCACUGCUCUAUCAUCUUCCACUACAACAAACCCAGCGACAAGGACGACUCUGCAAGCCGACAUGCCGGUGACUGCGCGAACCACAUUAACGAUGCGUGUGAGCAGCAACGCAUAAAGGCGGUUCCCACCAAGGACUCGGUUGUCAUCGAGCCCAUUGACUUUGACAAGGCCUCUGCUUCGCAGUAUAUCUUCAGCAAAUACCCAGAGACGGCUCGACCCGACUUUGUGUUUGCAGCUGGCAACGACCGAAGUGAUGAGGGUGUCUUCCGAUGGGCGGAGAAGUUGAAGGAGGAUUGGAAAGUUCCCAAUGUCCAGACUGUUACCGUGGGUGAUCGCAACUCGAUUGCCAUGUCGACAUUGCCCAACGGCGCAACUGGUCUGCUUGGUGCUCUGAGCAAGCUCUCCAAGAACCCCCGCUCGCCUUGA